UGACAUUUACUUGUAACUGAUCCAAGGAAAACAGACAUCGACUGGUAUCAGGAUGCAGUGAGGGUAUAAAACUCACUCCUGUUCACUGUUAAGCACAACAUCCAGACACAGACUCAAAGAUGGCAUUUUUUCUUCUCCUGGUGAUGCUGGCAACAUGUGCUGCAGUUCCUGAAAAUCUGUCGGAUAAAAUGUUGACUUUCCCACAGAAAACCAAGACAGCUAAUGUAAGACUGACCACGUUGAUCAAGGAUUUCAGUGCUGUAACUGUCUGUCUCAGAUUCAUUACGGACCUUGACAGAGCCCAUUCACUUUUCUCUCUGUCCACACGUCAUCAUCACAAUGCCUUCCUGAUAUUCUGGACGGCAUCAAAAGAUGAGUGUGCGGUCUAUGUCGGCAACACUUUUGCAACAUUUGGAAUAAAGGACUACAAGCCGAACGAGUGGCACUCUAUUUGCUCCACAUGGGAUGCUGCGUCUGGUCUGGUGCAGCUGUGGUUGGAUGGAAAGCCCUCAACUAGGAAAUACGUUGGUGGACCAAGAAUCACUUAUCCCAUUGUUAUCCUCGGGCAGGAGCAGGAUUCCUAUGGUGGAAGCUUUCACAUUGAUCAGUCUUUCGUCGGCAUGCUGUCUGAUGUCCACAUGUGGAACCACGUCCUCUCCCCCUGUGAGAUCCAGCGCUACAUGGAUGAUCUAAACUUCCGUCCAGGGAAUGCGCUCAACUGGGGGGCGCUGGAGUGCAGAGUCACUGGAAGAGUGCUGAACGAAGACAAACAAGUGCCCUGUUUCCUCUCGUCCCACUAAAACAAGCAUUAUAAUGCUCCACAAAGGGUCUUUUCUUCUGCUUGCUUUGUUUAGCUUCAAAUGUGCAACUGGA